GGUGGAUUUUGAACGACUUUAUUGGUGCACUUCGAACAAAGCCCCUGCUCUAUUGACUAACUACUGUUUCUUUCUCUUUUCAUGGCGGCCCGCAGUGAUCCGCCCGUUCUGCAGGCGCACAACAAUACGGACAUCAUACUGCGUUUACCCAUGGGCAAAAGGAUUAAGGACAUUCGAUGGCUCUCGGUAUGGUGCAGACGCUUUACGGUAAGUCCUUCCAUUUUGCYGCUUUUCUUGGAYGCUCGAAACGGCACGCGCCGUCCGAAUAGAUUUAUGACCGUUUAUGACAUUGACUGGCUGGCGGUGUGGUGCGUCGAGUACAGACACAACUUUGGACAUGUCUUCAUACCCAAAGACCUGGAUGUGCCGCCUGCUUUGGGGCAGACGAAAAUUACGCCAUCAUGGUGGUAUUCACCCACAACAACAACACCGCGGCCSGUCUACUCCAAUUGUCGUGAGAUUCUGCCGAAUAAGCUGCAGGUUAAGUGGGAGCUCCAGGGCGAAUACGUGCAGAUCGAGCUAUUCGGACGCAUCAGCGAGGAUCAGUAUAUGGCCUUCGGUUUGUCCGGCGCCAACGGGCGCCCCCAAAUGGCCCAGUCUGACGUUGUGGUUGCUUUCUAUGACUCGAACGCUCGAGUGUUCCGCGCUGAGGACUAUUUUAUYUCCGAUUUAUCCCAGUGCGACGGCCAACGUGGCGUCUGUCCGGAUGAGCGACUUGGCGCACGCAACAACGUGGUUGUGGUUAGUGGAGAUCGCAAAGGCGGCGUCACCAGCAUUCGCUACAAGCGCCUGCUGCAGACCAAUGAAGCCAUCUACGACAUGCCCAUACCCAUCGAUCGCGAGGUGUCGAUCAUUGCGGCCGUGGGACCACUCAAUGCCCGCAAGGAGGCCAAUGCCCACUCGCACACUGCCAGCGAUCACAAUCCCGACGACAUUCGCAUCAACUUCUCGAAACGGAACGAUCACUCGUGCAAGAACUCGCUGUAUGAUAUCAAGGACGAGAGCGGCCCCAAGCCGUGGCCUACGCUCAAGAUCAAAGGGGAGCAGAGGUUCCGCGCUAGCAUUGGAGCCACAGGGGGCAAGCGUGGAUAUACAGCGAUUACGGGCAUACCUUCAUGGGGCAUUGCCUGGUACAUCAAUGAUCUGCUGAUUCCCGAAAUAACUGUGGAACGUGGCUUGACCUAUGAGUUCAUAAUC